AUGGCCCGUAUCUCUGGGAUGGUCUCAGCAGUCGUGCUGAUGCUGACCAUGGCGGCGGUACCGUCGUCAGCGAGUCAGAUCUGCUCCUUCUGGGAUGGUGGAUGUCUUGAUGCUCUAGCGCAGACCGCCGCUUCCUUCUCCUUCCGUCCUCUCUUCCUGGAUCAGCUCACCUUCUACUAUGGCUACGAUGCCAACUCGCGCGGGAAGGGUCAUGAACCCAUGACCAAGGUGUCGUACUGGCUCAACUACCAGGUCCACCACAUCAACAAUUCCAUCAUCGACUCCAAUCGGACACUAGAGGUCGCCAUGCGCGUGGGCAAUCUGACGGGCACGCCAUCCGGCAGUAACAACGGCUGCGAUGGAGUGUGGGGGUCGCAAUGCUCGACCAACUUGAAAGAGGAGAUCCAGGAAGCGAUCUACCAACUGUCGGUCAAGGGGGAGUACUACGAUGAUCCGUUGAACACGGUGAUCAGUCAGCUGCGACUCGAUCCGCCGUAUCUGCGCAGUUGUCCACCUCAGUUUUUCGACGUCCAGGAUUUCCCGGUCUUUGAAUUCGCCCAGGAAAUUGACGUCGACAAAUCGGCCAAGUUGCAACCCUCCGGUUCCUCGAGCAAUCCUUGGAAAACCUGGUAUAUUGACAACAUGAGCGACCAUCAGCAGGCGGAGCAGGUGGCCGUGGCGAUCUUCAGUCGCGGGCCGUCCUAUAAUAGCCUGGCCUUGAAGAACAAAGACGAGAUCGACCUCGAGUUGGUCUGUGUGCAGGCGCCGGACUCCGGCUCGACAUCGAGUCACGAUGCGGCGUAG